AUGAGCCUAAAAAAUGGGUAUAAAGUGAUUCACUUCCACCGGACAUUUACUGUCCGGCGUGACCGAACAGGGGUGAAUUUUAACAAACGUCAAAAUCCCCCUACUGGGUACUUAAAUGGUAGACAAAGACAGUCAACCUAUGUCUUCAGAGAAUACUAUGUAUGCCGUCGUUCCGGCUCCAAAAGAGAACAUGCUGGUGUUGUCCGAGGUGUUACUUCCGUUCAGGUACGCGGUUUGCAGACGAGAAGCAAGAAGAUCAAAUGCCCCGCCGCUCUGAAGGUUGUCUGUUUGCCAGGUAGUUCAUCAAUGGUUACUGCAAGCUCGUAG